CUGGAAGGAGGCUCUGUGUGUGGGGCAGAGGGAUCCUCUUUAUAUUAAUAUUUAUCUGUAAAUAAUGCACUGGUGAGGUAUUUGUAUGUGAGGCAAUAGGAAUAUCUAUAUAAUAUUAUAUACCUGUAGAUAAGGUACUAGGAUUAUUGAACAAAAGUAUCAACCUUGGGACCCCGCCUCUUUUACCGAACGUGACGAAAUGCAUACAGCUUCCGCUGCACUGCAUGCUGGGAGUAGGUUCGUGGUUUCCUGCUGAAUAUCACGCUGGCUCCUGUUACUGUGAAGAUCACGUAUAAUGGACGUCACUGCGUUUGUCAGUAAAGGGGAAACAUUAUAAGAAUAUCUGAUAAAUUCAUUUGUGCUGAACAAGACAAUGUCUGACAAGAACCAAACCUCAGACCUUCCUGAUGCACACAGAGAUGAAGAUAACGCUGAUAUAGUGAAAGUUGAGAUAACAGAAGAUCUGUGUGUGAGGCAUCAGCUGGAAGCACCAGAUGAGGAAACCAGUGACAGCAUCAGCCCAGGCCAUAUGGAUGUAAUGCCUUCAGAUGGCUCAGAAUUUGAGCACGGAGGAGAACCGUAUGUGUGUAAUCAGGUGAAGACUGAGGAGGAUGAAGUAACUAUAAAUAUGGCUACAGGUGAAUUCACAAACUGCAAUAAUCCUAGUCAUGAUCAGAGUGCAGAUGCUUCUUUACAUCUUCUUCAAAAUCAAAGAAGCCACGUGGGAAAUUUAUGUUCUGUAUGUGGGAAAUGUUUUCUUAAGAAAUCACAUCUUAUUACUCAUCAGAAAAUUCAUACAGAGGAGAAAGGAUUUUCAUGUUCUGACUGUGGAAAAUGUUUUACUUGGAAAUCAAAUUUUAUUAUGCAUCAGAAAAUUCAUACAGGAGAGAAAAGAUUUUCAUGUUCUGACUGUGGAAAAUGUUUUAAUCGAAAAUCAAAUCUUAUUAUGCAUCAGAAAACUCAUACAGGGGAAAAAGGAUUUCCGUGUUCUGACUGUGGGAAAUGUUUUACCCUGAAACAAUAUUUUAUCAUGCAUCAAAAAAUUCAUACAGGCAAGAAAGCAUUUUCAUGUUCUGACUGUGGAAAAUGUUUUACUUGGAAAUCAAAUCUUAUUACCCAUCUGAAAAUUCAUUCAGGGGAGAAAGCAUUUUCAUGUUCUGACUGUGGGAAAUGUUUUUCUCAGAAAUCCCAUCUUAUGAGGCAUCAGAAAAUUCAUACAGGAGAGAAAGCAUUUUCAUGUUCUAAAUGUGGGAAAUGUUUUACUCAGAAAAAUGAUCUUAUGAGGCAUCAGAAAACUCAUAUUAAAAUAUAUCAGAGUUUAACCUCCUAAGAGGUCCCUUCCCGCACCUAAACCAUUUAUGAGGUGAUCCCAGGGUGGAUUUGAUUUAAAUGAAAUUGAUUUAACUCAUGAUUUAAAUCACUAGUCAGUAAGACUGAUUUAAAUCAUGGUUUUCAUUUUUAGAAUAAGUUUUCAAAUUAUUUUUUUACAGUUUAUCUCCAGUUUAAUUGGUUAAUCAUUCAUAUUUGAUCAACUUUACACCUGUACUUUAUUAGAAGGAGAAAAAUAAUUACAUUAAUAAUACCAAACAAUCUUCUAUUCAGUAAACUUCUUGAAACUUAGUUUAGGUUGAUUCUGUGUUCAUUGGUUUUCAGAGGAGCAAUGGCAUUAAAGGAAAGUAGAGUCAAAAUUAAAGUUUCAUGAUUCAGAAAGAACAUGCAAUUUUUAACAUUUUUCCAAUUGACUUAUCUAAUUUGUUUUUUUUCUUUUGGUAUCCAGUGUUGAAAAGUUUGCAUAAGUAUGCUCACUCAGAUGCAAUUCACUACUGUGAGCUAGCUGCUUGUCACUGUCUCACCCAUUCUAUUCAGAUAUACCCAAUUAAAGCAUUGAUCUCCUUCAAGAAAGGAUUCCAAGAGAAUGAAGCAAAUUUGAUAAUGGAAACCCAAAAGUUAUCUUUCAUGAUUAUGUCUAUUUAAGGUCUAUUUAUCAACUCUGUAUGGUAAUUUUAUAACAUUUUGCUGUGAAGAAGGGGCAUGUUAUUUUUGCAGACACAAAUUCACAGUUUUGAGAACUACAAUAAAUCAUAUGUGAUAUCGUUAAGAUUGAAAAA